GCUCGUGUUAAAGUCGGAGUCCCAGCAACUCGUGUUUUUUUUUUUUUUUCCAAAGCGGUAUUAAAAAGAGCGCUGCGUGAGACAGGAGGUUUCUGUACCCGUUUUGCGCUUCAGGGGAAUCUGUGAAAAGUUUUUUUUUAAAGUGGGCAGGCAGUGCGCAAGGUUCGGCCCCGCGGCUCGUGCGCUCUGACUCCCUGUCUGUGUGUCUUUGGUGGUGGAGAACCUGGGAACCUUCCUCCUUCCAUCCAUCAGCAAUUAAUAAGUUUUGCAUGUGUGGCAUCGGAAAGAAGGAAAGGAGACCUAAGGACAAACAAACAAAUAAACCCACAAACAAACCGAGAAGAAAAUGCGCCUCGCGCGGUGAAGAGUCGGUGCGCGUCACCUGUUGCGGGAUAAAGCAUGGGAGUGCUGAGCGUGGACCUGCGGGUCACCCUGCAGAUUCUGCCAGGCUUCUUCUCCAACUGUCUCUUCUUCGUGCUCUACGACUCGGUGGUGCUCGUGAAGCGCGUCGUGUCGCUCGUGAGUCUCUCGUGCGGCGGCGGCGGCGGCGCUUGGCAGCAGCGCAUGCUCACCUCGGCCGGCGUGCGCUCCAUCUGGAACAGCUUUCUGCUGGACGCCUAUAAGCAGGUGAAACUGGGCGAAGCAGCUCCCAACUCUAAAGUGGUGAAGGUUCCUGGGAUCUCCGGCUGCCACUGGAGCAGAGCGGAUGGAAAGACGACAGACGAGUGUCGCCUGCUGGACUUCGAAGCGUCCGAUCGUCCCUUGGUGGUCAACUUCGGCUCGGCCAGCUGACCCCCGUUUGUGAACCAGCUCCCGGUCUUCCGGAGGCUGGUGGAAAACUUCUCGGACGUGGCGGACUUCCUGCUUGUCUACAUCGAAGAGGCUCAUCCGUCUGACGGAUGGGCGGGACCGCCCAUGGAACUGUUCCCGUUCGAGGUGAGGAAACACCGCAGCUUGGAGGAGCGCAUGGUGGCGGCGCAGAGGCUCGUCGAGCAUUUUGCUUUGCCGCCACAGUGCCGGCUGGCGGCCGACUGCAUGGACAACAAUGCCAACGUGGCGUACGGUGUCGCCUACGAAAGGGUGUGCAUCGUACAGAAGAAUAAAAUCAGUUAUCUGGGAGGGAAGGGUCCAUUUUAUUACAACAUUAAAGACGUACAGAAGUGGCUCGAACACAGCUAUGGGAAGCGGUAAUCUUUCACGCAUGAUGGAAUAGUUUAUUUUUUUAAUAAAGGACAAAAAAGAUGACGCCUACUGCUAAACCUCUACAGGCUCCAGUGGUGACGUGAACUCUCUCUGGAAGUCGUCUGAAUUCUCUGAAGAUCGUCAGGCGAGUUUUCUGAGUGGAAUCCGAACGUUCCUGAGUUAUUUCUCUAAACAGUGACAGCAGUCACUAAACAUGAGACGAAACCAAGCAUUGCACUUCGACUUUUAUACUUUGAUAGGAUGAAAAAAAAACCCUGUGUAUGCACUAUAAACACCUAUAAACACUAUCAAUAACCGGGUCGUGCGCAUUAACAGUAGUAUUAUAGCGUGUAACUCUAAAGCUAAAUAACAUGCAUCGCUUUGCAGAACCAAACUGCCAAACCACGGUAUCAAGCACAAGCUCAAGCUUUUAAUAUACGGAAGAAAUAUAAUUUAUUUUUGUUGAUGUUUGUGUUUGUUGUUUUAAAUGUUACAUGUUUACGUCCAGUUUUGUUUGAAGUAGACAAUCGUGUGUAGUUUCAAUAUCAGCUUAUUCGUGCUUGUUAACACUUUAGCACAUCUGCCCCAGGGGGAAAAUGUCAUUAAUGGAAGUCCUGGCGAAACACCCAAAUAUGAAAAUUAUAUAUAUAUAUAUAUAUAUAUUUAUAUAGAAAAGCAUGUAUUUCUGGAAAUACAGUUUCUAUGAAGGCCACAGAUACAUACCAAACUAUAAACACAUUCAUAAGGCAUUAUAAUACAUUCGUUAAGUACACUUUACACACUAUACAGUCAUCUCUCAUGCUUUAAAGAGGGCAAAACGGUUUCACUUGUAGUCUCGGUUCUUACUUAAAGUCUGCUAAUAAUACUUAGUUUGCUAACAGUACUUUCAGUCUGCUAACAAUACUCUUAAUCUGCUAACAAUACUCUGUCUGCGAACGAUACUCAGUCUGCUAACAGUACUUUCAGUCUGCUAACAGUUCUCUCAGUCUGCUAACAGUACUUUCAGUCUGCAAACAGUACUUUCAGUCUGCUAACAGUACUUUCAGUCUGCUAACAGUUCUCUCAGUCUGCUAACAGUACUUUCAGUCUGCUAACAGUACUUUCAGUCUGCUAACAAUACUCUGUCUGCUAACAAUACUCAGUCUGCUAACAAUACUCAGUCUGCUAACAAUACUCAGUCUGCUAACAAUACUCUGUCUGCUAACAGUUCUCUCAGUCUGCUAACAGUUCUUUCAGUCUGCUAACAGUACUUUCAGUCUGCUAACAGUUCUCUCAGUCUGCUAACAGUACUUUCAGUCUGCUAACAGUACUUUCAGUCUGCUAACAAUACUCUCAGUCUGCUAACAAUACUUUGUCUGCUAACAGUACUCUCAGUCUGCUAGCAAUACUCUGUCUGCUAACAGUACUCUCAGUCUGCUAACAAUACUCUCAGUCUGCUAACAGUUCUCUCAGUCUGCUAACAAUACUCUGUCUGCUAACAGUUCUCUCAGUCUGCUAACAAUACUCUGUCUGCUAACAGUUCUCUCAGUCUGCUAACAAUACUCUGUCUGCUAACAGUUCUCUCAGUCUGCUAACAAUACUCUGUCUGCUAACAGUUCUCUCAGUCUGCUAACAAUACUCUGUCUGCUAACAGUUCUCUCAGUCUGCUAACAAUACUCUGUCUGCUAACAGUUCUCUCAGUCUGCUAACAAUACUCUGUCUGCUAACAGUUCUCUCAGUCUGCUAACAAUACUCUGUCUGCUAACAGUUCUCUCAGUCUGCUAACAAUACUCUGUCUGCUAACAGUUCUCUCAGUCUGCUAACAAUACUCUGUCUGCGAACAGUUCUCUCAGUCUGCUAACAAUACUCUCAGUCUGCUAACAGUUCUCUCAGUCUGCUAACAAUACUUUGUCUGCUAACAGUUCUCUCAGUCUGCUAACAGUUCUCUCAGUCUGCUAACAAUUCUCUCAGUCUGCUAACAAUUCUCUCAGUCUGCUGAAAGACGACUGUUUUCUAAAGAUUAGCAGUAUGUCAGAAUUCAUCUGUCAGUAUUUUACACUCAGUAAUGAUUUCUAAGCUAAUGUCAUUCUUUUAUUCCCUAUUAACUGCAAGUAACUACAUUUAAAACGUUUUAAUAGAUAAAAUACAUCUCAAAGCUUAGCGAUGGAUGUUAUAAUCUGCGAUUCAUAGAGAUUCUCAUAAAUAAUCAGUAAAAACGUCAAAUUAUUUAUAAAUAUAUUACAACGUGUCAUGAAAGAAUUUCUGGCCUUCACAGUGAAUGUACAGUUUUUUUUUCUUGUUUUGUUAUAGAUGUCAUUUUCUUGACGAUCCUUUAAAAGGCACUAAUUUAAAAAGGGAUUUUUUUUGUGUAUUGUAUGUUUUGUUUUGGUGAAAGAAAAUUGGUUUAUUUGAUUUAAAACAGAAUUUACCUCACAGAUUUGCUUAAACAUUGCAUUUUGAAGGUAAUUAUUUAUAACACACACACACACACACACACACCUCUACAGAUGUUCAUUUGCGUGUCAAAGACAAACAGGUGUGUGAAUGAAGCCCACUGACGAAAGGAUCCUGCGUUCCUGUCUGUGGUUGGAUGAACCGUCACACCUCUUUGUCCGGAUCGGAACUGAACGUUCCUGUAGAUGCUCCAGAUUCAGCUUUUCAGCGUAUUUCCUACACCUCACAUUUUUUCCCCGACACAUGCUGUGCGACCGGCUGCUUUCUUGCAAGUAAACACAAAUAAAGCUCAAUCUUUUGCUCGUGA